AUGGAGGGCUACCAACUGAUGUUCGGCGCUGGACAGAUCUUCAAGGACCGCAGCUACGCCCUUUCUGCUAACGCUUGGCAGUAUAAUGGCUGGGAGGUCUCGCCUCCACAAACGUUUGUCUCGACCAAAAAUGAGACUGAACAGAUCCUCGAGGACAUGAUUCGCUAUGAGUUUAACGCUACCUCCAACUCGGAUGUACUAAAGGCUACAACCUGGCUGAACGUUUGGCCCGUUGAUAAUGUGGCCAUCGUGAUGUAUGUCAAUAGCCCUCAGGAUAUCAUUGACAAAGCCGUGCUCAACUACAAACGCAAGGAUACGACAGUUAUUGUUGCUAUGGGAGGACAAAACCUAUCCGGACUUGGCGCCGAAGUGGUGAACAGUAAUGCCGACUGGAUCGCGUACGGACUUGGCAAUAUCACUACACCACAUUCCACUCUACAGCCUGGUCCAGAGUGUCGCGCGCUAUUUGUGGUUGAUGGCUCGUUGAACGGACAGAUAGGAUUCAAGGAUCAACGUGCAGCCAUUGAAGGGGCUGGAAAAACCUUGUAUGCAAGUAGCUACUCUUUUGGAGGCAACUACUGGGUGUAUGGAGGAAACUUCAGGCCAGCUGAGGUGCCCAUGACGUUUUACGAGGAUGACGACACGUUCAACAAAGCAAUCGAGGCCAUGAAACCGGCUGACGGCGUCGGGGUCGGAAAUAUUGAGAACGCCAUCUCCUGGAUCAACGAUUGGAAGAUCGAAAAAUCGGUCAUUGUCAUCUUCACAGCCAGGCAUUUCAACAUCAAUAAAGCCGCCAAGAAUUAUACAAGCCAGUGGCGUACAUUGGCUAUAGGCCUGUUGGAUAAACUCGAACUCAGUGAUAUUGGGAAAGUGUCGUCGAAGGAUCCCAAAAUACUCGGAAAUGAUCUAUUGAACAUGUGUCAGCAGUUCCAAAGCUGGUCGACGCAUCCCACUACACCGAUUCCCACCACGACGCCUUGGACAACCCAACCACCGUUACCGCAAUGCGAAGUGUAUUUUAUUUUUGAUGGAUCGGACUACGGAAUUAAAUACGCCGAACAACAGCGACAAGCCGUCUUCACGGCGGGUAAGAAGAUGUUCGCGGACCUCGACUUCUACACGAACAUGUGGAUGUAUACAAAUAAGUCGAGGGAUGGCGAAUUAUCAUACGCGAUCAUCUAUGACGAGGGUCAAUUUGUGAAUAUGACGUGGGCACAGAAUUUCACAGGAGGAAGCGAUUCGAUUGUUGAUGCUAUCAAAUGGCUAAACGAUCCACGACUCUAUUCAUGGCCGUUGAUGGUCGUUUUUACAGGGAGAUGUUUUAUUAUCUGUUUGUCUGAAUCCGCCUACGCACUACCCGCCACCAGCAACAACUACGGCGGCUACUCGCAGGGCCAAACUGAGAAGAUCAGAGUUAGUCAUACCCGAAUUAUAGAUGUCAUGAUCAACUUUGGAUUGCAAGGAGGGCAUCUCGACAUUGAAUACGCGACAAAAAUGUUAUCAAACUGGGAAGUGGAGGAUGCUGUGAUUGUUCUUUUCACGGGAAGUGAUCCGAGUGCGUUCGAGCCAGCUGGGCGGCAUUAUACGCGAAAAGCAUGCACAGUUGGAGUGGCUGUUGGUGCCGAUACAAGUGCCUUUGCCGCGCGGUCGCUAGUCUACAUGCAAUCCCUAGCGAUCUUUGAUGCCGUGGUUGAACUUUGUCAAAUAGAUCGAACUACUCCCCGCCCAAUGCUGAGCACCGCCUGGCCUGGCCCGCCGUGUCGAACGCUUUAUGUCGUCGACGGGAGUUUGAAUGGAAAACUAGUUUUUGAAAAACAGAGGGCAACGAUUCGGGACUCCGGGAAAAUUCUAUACGACUCGAACAGCUACGCGUUUGGUGGUAACUACUGGGUUUAUGGAGGGAACUUCCGGCCUGCAGACGUUCCCCUAACUUUCUAUGCAAAUGAUGUUGCCUUCGGUAAUGCCGUGCAUGAUAUGACAUCCCCAGACGGAUUCACAACCGGAACCAUAGAAAUCUUACAGCCGAACAUCAACAAUGCCGGCAAGAACUACACGAGCCAGUGGCGAACAUUGGCUGUUGGGUUGAGAGAUAAAAUGGAUCUAAGUAUGAUUGGAAAAGCGUCUUCAAUGGAUCCAGCGGUACUCGGAAAUGAUCUCCUAGGAAUGUGUCAGCAGCUACAGGGAUGGACGACACACCCUACUACUCUUCCUCCUACUACGACGCCUUGGACAACACUGCCACCAUUGCCACAGUGUGAAGUGUACUUUGUCCUGGACGGGUCUGAUUACGGAACUAAAUACGCAGAACAACAACGGCAAGCCGUUCUGACGGCCGGCAAGAAGAUGUUCGCCGAACUCGACUUCUACACGAACCUUUGGAUGUAUACAAAUAAGUCGAAGGACGGCGAAUUAUCAUACGGAAUUAUCUAUGAAGAGGGCCGAUUUGUUAACUUAACGUGGGCCCAGAAUUUCACUGGAGGAAGCGAUUCUAUCGUCGAUGCCAUCAAAUGGCUAAACGAUCCACGACUCUAUUCGUGGCCGUUGAUGGUCGUUUUUACAGGGAGCGACGACGCUCAAAUCCGAAAUGCCAGCUCAACGUUCAUUAGGAAGCAGUUUACAAUAGGAGUUUCAUUAACAGACGCAAGCAUGGAACCGAUGGGUGACCAUAUUGCAACUUUGGAUAAUCUUCCAGACGUUUUCUUAUCUGUUUGUCUGAAUCCGCCUACGCACUACCCACCACCAGCGACAACUACAGCGGCUACACCAACGUUAAAGCAGAGAAGACCUGAGAUAACUAUACCGAAAUUA